GUUUCAGGUCGUGUUAACAUUCAGGUAACUGUAGACUGAACAACUCAGUUUGGGUGUCUAAUGUAAAUUAAAGCCAAAGUGAAGUUUUCCUCAGUAUUAUAAAAACUUGGAGACUGUAAAAUCUAAUUACUUUUCAAUGUGGUUCUUAACAGGUGAAAACAGAAGUAGUGCAGAGGCAGCUCAUGAGAAUGGAACAGAUAACGUGCAUUGGCUUAGGGGACAUCUGUGAUAGAAUGGACUCACGAAGAAUUAUUCUCUGACUAUCCCCACAGGAUGGAAGAAGUUAGUGUUAUCCAGCAUUCCUGCUGAGUAUAUCACUUACUGCCACUUCUGAUCUUUGAAGAGAGAUUUAUCGCUUCCUGUGGCAAUACUGAAUACUCAAAAGAGGGUGUUCUGACCUCAAGAGCUGCAUGAAGAAUAGCCAGCAUGAAGAGAACAAAUCAGUCCAGGCAGAAGUGCAGAAGCAACAAGAACAUAAAUCAGGAAGGUGAAAUGGAAGGUGAGGCAGUCGAAGCUAUUGUGGAGGAAUCAGAAACUUUCAUUAAGGGAAAAGAGAGGAAAACCUAUCAAAGACGCCGUGAAGGCGGGCAAGAGGAUGAUGCUUGUCAUCUACCGCCAAACCAAGCAGAUGGAGGUGAAGUAGUGCAGGACGUCAGCAGUGGGGUGCAGAUGGUGAUGAUGGAUCAGCUGGAUCCAACUCUUCUUCAAAUGAAGACUGAAGUAAUGGAAGGUGCAGUGCCUCAAGAAACUGAGGCUACAGUGGAUGACACACAGAUCAUAACACUUCAGGUUGUUAAUAUGGAAGAGCAACCUAUAAACCUUGGUGAGCUUCAGCUGGUCCAAGUACCUGUACCAGUGACUGUACCUGUUGCCACCACGUCUGUGGAAGAACUGCAGGGAGCUUAUGAAAAUGAGGUUUCCAAAGCAGGCCUGCAGGAGGGGGAGCCCAUGAUCUGUCACACCCUCCCUUUACCAGAAGGCUUCCAAGUAGUGAAAGUGGGUGCAAAUGGUGAGGUGGAGACACUGGAACAAGGUGAUCUUCAGCCACAGGAAGAUCCCAAUUGGCAAAAAGAUCCAGACUAUCAGCCACCAGCCAAAAAAACAAAGAAAAACAAAAAGAGUAAGCUUCGCUACACUGAGGAAGGCAAGGAUGUGGAUGUGUCUGUGUAUGACUUUGAAGAGGAGCAGCAGGAGGGUUUGUUGUCCGAGGUUAAUGCAGAAAAGGUGGUGGGCAAUAUGAAGCCACCUAAACCAACAAAAAUUAAAAAGAAAGGUGUAAAGAAGACAUUCCAGUGUGAACUGUGCAGUUACACUUGUCCCCGUCGUUCCAACCUGGACCGCCACAUGAAAAGCCACACCGAUGAAAGACCACACAAGUGCCAUCUCUGUGGCAGGGCUUUCCGGACAGUCACGUUGCUGAGGAACCACCUCAACACUCACACAGGUACUCGCCCUCACAAGUGCCCAGACUGCGACAUGGCCUUUGUGACCAGUGGAGAGUUGGUUCGGCAUCGCCGCUACAAACAUACCCACGAGAAACCCUUCAAGUGUUCCAUGUGUGAUUAUGCCAGUGUGGAGGUUAGCAAAUUGAAACGCCACAUUCGUUCUCACACUGGAGAGCGCCCGUUCCAGUGCAGCUUGUGCAGCUAUGCCAGCAGGGACACCUACAAACUGAAGAGGCACAUGAGGACCCACUCCGGAGAGAAGCCAUAUGAAUGUUACAUCUGCCACGCUCGCUUCACUCAGAGCGGUACCAUGAAGAUGCACAUUUUGCAGAAGCACACGGAGAAUGUGGCCAAAUUCCACUGCCCUCACUGUGAUACUGUCAUAGCGAGAAAGAGUGACUUGGGUGUCCACUUGCGGAAGCAGCAUUCCUACAUCGAGCAGGGCAAGAAGUGCCGCUACUGCGACGCCGUGUUCCACGAGCGGUAUGCCCUCAUCCAGCACCAGAAGUCCCACAAGAACGAGAAGCGCUUCAAGUGUGACCAGUGUGAUUAUGCGUGCAGACAGGAGCGACACAUGGUCAUGCACAAACGGACCCACACUGGAGAAAAGCCUUAUGCCUGUAGCCAUUGUGACAAAACCUUCCGCCAGAAGCAGCUCCUCGACAUGCACUUCAAACGAUACCACGAUCCCACCUUUGUCCCUGCUGCCUUUGUCUGUUCCAAGUGCGGCAAAACGUUCACUCGCAGGAACACAAUGGCCAGACAUGCUGAUAACUGCUCUGGCCUAGAUGGUGGGGAAGGAGAGAAUGGAGGAGAGACAAAGAAGGGCAAACGUGGCCGAAAGAGAAAGAUGCGGUCUAAGAAAGAAGAUUCCUCUGAUAGUGAGGAAAAUGCUGAACCAGAUUUGGAUGAUAAUGAAGAUGAGGAGGAGACCGCAGUAGAAAUUGAGGCUGAGCCAGAAGUUGAGCAAGAGGCUCCUGCACCACCUCCCAGUAAGAAACGAAGAGGAAGACCACCAGGCAAAGCUGCCACCCAACCAAAACAAUCCCAGCCUGCAGCAAUCAUUCAGGUUGAAGACCAGCACACUGGUGAAAUUGAAAAUAUUAUAGUUGAAGUGAAGAAAGAACCUGAUGCAGAAACAGCAGAGGAAGAGGAGGAAGCUCAGCCUCCUGUAGUGGAAGCUCCCAAUGGAGACCUCACCCCUGAGAUGAUUCUCAGCAUGAUGGACCGGUGAUGGAGGAAGACCACGCUGGCUGACUGAACUGGCCUGGGCUGUGUUUAAGCGGCUCAAAUCUAUUUUUCCUUUUAUCUUUUUUCUUGGCUUUGGGAAAUGCAUCAUUUUAGACCAUUUUACCAAACAUACUGGGAAAAAAAAAAAACGAUGUUAGAAUGUGAUUUAACUAGAACUUGCUGUUUUAUGUUAGCAUUACAGGAUCAUGGAACAUUAGGAAAUAUUUUGGAGUCCUUGAGGGUUUCCUGUGAGAUGCUUGAUUUUAGUUUUGCUCUGAACUUGCAUUGUAAAGCUGGUCCAAGGGCCGUGUUUACAUGCACCAAGUUUUAAUAUACAGAAGCAGAAGCCUUGACUAAAGUAUGUGGAAAACCACUCCGGACUUGCCCUUCCAGUUCCCAGAGUCCUUGAGCCUCUUCUCUCAGUAGUGUUUUUAACUGUAAAUGCAGACUUGGGAGGGUUCUAGACUUUUGAAAUGUUUUUUGGGUUUUUUUUGUUUGUUUUUUUUUGCUUUUUCCCACUGACUAGCUCCGGUUCUCCAAGUCAGCUGCACACGGUAGUUUUGGCAUGCUCCAACUGGUUUCUGUCCUUAAUAUGCUUUGCUUUCUGCAAAGCAUUUCUGUAAUGGUCAAGCUUGUAAAUAACUUUUUUUUUUUUUUUACAUUUUAAUCUUUUUCCAUUAAUUAAGAGGUAUGCAAAAAUGCAGUUUAAAGAAACCCCAGUAUUUUAAUUCCUUUCAAAUUAAGCGACAAGAGAAUUGAUAGAGUGUAAAUGUUGGGAAAACUGUUGAUAACGUAGAGAAGAGAUGUAUCCAGAUUAUUGCUUGCAGAACAAGAGAGACCCACACGUGAAAUCUGGUUUUGAAGCACAAAAACCUGGUAUUUCCUAGAAUCAUAGACUGGCUUGGGUUGGAAGGGAUGUUAAAGUCCAUCUAGUUCUACCCCCCAUGCCCUGGACAGGGACACCUUCCACUAUCCCAGGUUCCUCCAAGCCCUGUCCAACCUGGCCUUGAAUGCUUCCAGGGAUGGGGCAUCCACAGCUUCUCUGGGCAGCCUGUGGCAGUGCCUCACCACCCUCAUAGGAAGGAAUUCUUUCCUAAUAUCAAGUCUAACCCUUCCCUCCGGCAGUUUGAAGCCACUGCCCCUUGCCCUGUCACCCAUGCUCUCCAGCUCUCUUGUGGGCUCCCUGCAGAUUCUGGAAGGCCACAAAUUAGGUCAGCCCAGAACCUCCCCUUCUCCAGGCUGAACGGUCCCAACUCUCUCAGCCUUCCCUCAUAGGAAAGGUGCUCCAGCCCUCUGAUCAUGUUUGUGGCCUUCUCUGGACUCGCUCCAACAGGUCCAUGUCCCUCCUGUGCUGGGGUCCCAGAGCUGCACACAGCGCUGCAGGUGGGGUCUCAGCAGAGCAGAGGGGCAGAAUCCCCUCCCUUUCCCUGCUGCCCACACUGCCUUUGGUCCAGCCCAGGACACAGUUGGCUUUUUGGGCUGUGAGUGCACAUGGCUGGGCCGUGUCCAGCCUCUCACCCAGCAGCACCCCCAGGUCCUUCCCAGCAGGGCUGCUCUCGAUCUGUCACCCCCCAGCCUGCAUAGAGUACGGGGGUUUGACCUGACCCAGAUGCAGCACCUGGCACUUGGUCUUGUUAAGCCUCAUGAGAUUCCCGUGUGCCCACUUCUCAGGCUUGUCCAGGUCCCUCUGGAUGGCAUCCCAUCCUUCAGGAGUGUCAACAGCACCACUCAGCUUGGUGUCACCUGCAGACUUGCUGAGAGUGCACUCGAUCCCUUCAUCUGUGUAAUUAAUGGAGAUACUAAAUAACACUGGUCCCAGUAUGGACCCCUGAGGGACACCACUUGUCACUGAUGUCCAUCAGGACUCUGAGCCGUUGACCACUGCCCUCUGGAUGUGACCAUCCAACCAAUUUGAAACAUUUAUAAUUAACCUUCUUUUUGAGUUAUAAUUUCACGACUACAUUUUCUUUGCUCUAUCUUGUAGUUGUAUUUUGUGUUUAUGAAUCCUAUGUUAAGACAGAAGUGGUGAUUUAUAAGUGGGUCACUGCAGCCCUCAAAACCUGGGCCAGGAAAUUUUAUUAAUAGGUCAGUAAUUCUACAAUUUUUGAAUCUCUGAUAAAGACAAAAAAAGGAAUAAUGUGAAAUACAAAUGAUGCCUGUAUAUGAAAAUGUCACAUGUUAAAAUAUGUAAGCUUUUUAUAGAGCCUCAGUCUUGCUGAUUUCAAACAAAUUUUUCUUCUAUGUAUCGCUUUUAAGAGAGCUAUCAGUUUAGCUAUCAGACUCUAGGUUGAUGCAUUUUUGUACUUAGCUGUACUGUGUGAUAUUUUUCAUUAUUUUAGGAAGCCAACAUGGGGGAAAAAAAAUACCGUUAUAAAAUAUGUAAUGGGGUUUGAAAGCUGGGAAGGAGAAUAUACUGCUGUACAGCUAAUAAAUAAUAAUGGAUUAACA